CUGCUAAAUAAAUGAUACGCUAGUUGCCAUAAGUCUAGUUGCCCUCAGCUUCAGAUGAAGACGAGUUGGCUCUAGGAUCGGUUUGCUAGUUGUUCACCAUUUUAGCCGUUCAUGGGGCCGAAGGCCCUACAACUGGCCACGGCGUUCGUCGUGUUUCAGUUUCUUUUCCUGCGGGUUGAUUCCGUACGGACGAAAUUGAGGAAACAACGCUCGAGGCCGGUCCAAGCUCAAGAACCUGCGAACGGUGACUACAAUUACGAUUACUACGAGGGUUACGAUGACUAUGACGAGAGAAAUGAAACUGGAACCACAACCACGUCGCCACCCAUUACUUCUGUUGGAACCAAUACUGCGAAUAGGGGUGGAUUAUCGCCGGAAGGAUUACAAACCCUCUACAGAGCAUCAUUAUCUACGGAUCUACCAACGCCAACUCCAACUCGAUUUUUCCAUCAAGCGCGGACCGAUUUUGUUACAGAAUCGUACACUACCCCUGCACGAGAUCAUCCAGCACAAACAGAAAUUGCACCCGAUGAAAGUAACUUAAUAAGCUCUGUUGCUAUACCUGGACCAAGGGGUGAACCAGGUCGGCCAGGAGACAGUGGUCGUCCUGGCGAUGCUGGAUUUCCAGGACAGCCAGGUAAUCCAGGGAUUCCAGGACCUCCAGGACCACCAGGACCUGUGCCAGAUGUGUCAAUGUACUACCAACAAUUGGGUUUGUCUCAAGCAACUCAAGAUAAAGGACCAACAGGGGCAGCAGCACCGUUAUAUGGUCCAGAUGCUUAUUUACAAACUCAAGUAGGCCCUGUUGGUCCACGUGGCCCACCUGGUUCACCUGGACCACCUGGACCACAGGGUUUUCAAGGAGUACGAGGAGAAGCGGGAGAACCUGGAUCUCCGGGACCUCCUGGAGCUCCCGGUCCACGAGGACUACCUGGUUUACCUGGGAAAGAUGGCAACGUCGGUGAAGAUGGAGAACCUGGUCCCCCAGGAUCGAUUGGUCCAGUCGGACCAAGAGGUCUUCCAGGGAUGCCUGGUCUUCCAGGUGUAAAAGGGCAUCGUGGUUUUCCAGGACUAGAUGGAGCGAAAGGGGAACAAGGUGUAUCUGGUGAUAAAGGAUCCUCAGGUGCACCUGGACCGAUGGGACCUGUAGGUCCUAUAGGUCCUGCAGGUCCACGUGGUGAAAGAGGUAGAGAAGGUCCACCCGGACCACCAGGAAUUAGAGGAGUAGACGGGAUUCCUGGACCUUCUGGACAACCUGGUGCAGUAGGUAAACCAGGACCUCCUGGUUUUCCAGGAAAUCCAGGUGUAAAAGGUGAUCAAGGGCUUCAAGGACUAAAAGGAAGUCAAGGUUUACAAGGACCUCGAGGUGAAACUGGUCGUCCUGGACAGCCUGGUGAGUCAGGACCGCAGGGACCUUCGGGAAAAGAUGGGAUACCAGGAGAGAAAGGAAGUAUAGGAGCACCUGGUUUGGUCGGACCACCUGGUUUUCCAGGAGCUCGUGGACAACCAGGAAUAUCCGGCAAUCCUGGUAUUCCAGGAGCAAAGGGAGCACCUGGACAUCCUGGUGAAAGAGGAUUUAAAGGAGAUGCAGGUGCUAAAGGCGACACAGGAAGUCCAGGACCGCGUGGUAUACCGGGGCCUCCAGGAAAUGAGGGAAAACGCGGCAAAAGAGGGAUGCGCGGUGCUGUUGGCGCACCUGGCCCUACUGGAGAACGUGGAGGACCAGGAGCACCAGGUCUUCCAGGUCCAGAUGGACCCAUGGGACCGAAAGGUCAACCUGGAGAACGUGGUCCGCUGGGUCCAAUUGGACCAAAAGGUGCUACGGGGGAUCCCGGUCGUUUAGGGCCACCCGGUCUCCAGGGUAUUCGGGGUCUAAUGGGUCGUCCCGGUGCCCCUGGAAAACCAGGUAAUCCGGGAGAACGAGGAAUUCAAGGAGCUGAUGGAAAACCUGGUGAACAUGGUCCACCUGGGUUACAAGGUUUACCCGGUCCUAUAGGUCUCCAAGGAGAAAAAGGAUAUCCGGGCGAGUCCGGUAAAGCUGGAGAACCAGGAAAUCCUGGUCCGCCUGGACCUAGAGGUGAUACAGGAAAAGAAGGACCACCCGGUUUACAAGGUUCACCCGGACCAUCAGGAGCAGAUGGUGAACGAGGUCCUCCAGGUCCUUCGGGUGCCAGAGGUUUUCAGGGUUUUCCAGGUGCAACUGGUAAUCCAGGAUCCCCAGGAAAAGAUGGUGAGCCAGGUAUCCAAGGACCCAUUGGCCCACCAGGUAUACCUGGUAACAGAGGUGAACGAGGAUUUCCUGGUGAAAGGGGUACACCUGGAGCACCAGGACUAACAGGGCCAAAAGGAGAAGCAGGAUCACAAGGAGCAGAUGGUUUUCCUGGAUUACCUGGACCAAAAGGAGAUAGAGGAAUCCCAGGUCCAUCUGGAUUAGUUGGAUUACCAGGUUUACGAGGUUCUCCAGGUGAAGCAGGUCCAAAAGGAGAUAGAGGAUCUAGUGGCCCACCUGGUCCUGAGGGACCUCCAGGACGCAUUGGGGAACGUGGACCACAGGGUCAGAUCGGUCCACCUGGACCACCAGGUGAACCAGCAGAACGAGGAGAUCCCGGAUUACCUGGUCCUCCAGGAGAAGUCGGAGCUUUUGGUAGUCCAGGCGAGAGAGGUCCUCAAGGAUUACAAGGGUUGCAAGGCUUUCCAGGUCAACAAGGACUUAUUGGAUUACCAGGCUUAAAGGGCGACCGUGGUUAUCCAGGAUUAAAAGGAGACCAAGGGAAUCCUGGUCCACCUGGUAGUCCUGGCGAAGCUGGACCACAAGGUUUAACUGGUUUAACGGGAGCCAAAGGGGUAAGGGGUGAACCGGGUGCUAGAGGAGAACCAGGUAUUAUGGGACCUCCUGGAGUACCGGGCUUAGUUGGGCCAGCAGGUUUACCAGGUCCAGCCGGGUCGCCAGGGCCAUCCGGAUUACCAGGCAUUAAGGGUAAUAGUGGAGAAGCCGGUCGACCUGGAAACCCCGGACCGAUUGGAAAUCCAGGUAUACCUGGCACAGAUGGAAGCAAAGGCGAAAGUGGUUCUCAAGGACCACCAGGUUCACCUGGACCUCAGGGUUCUCAGGGUACUCCUGGUGAAAGAGGUCUACCUGGUUUACCAGGUCCUUCUGGACCGGUAGGCGCUAGAGGGAUACGAGGACCGCCUGGUGAAUCUGGAACACCUGGUAAACCGGGGCCAGAAGGUCCACCUGGAAUCCCUGGACAAAUUGGACCAAUUGGACCUCCUGGACCUCUCGGAGAAGUUGGAGCAGAAGGGCCGACUGGCAAACCAGGACCUCCUGGAAUAUCUGGACGUCCCGGAGAUAAAGGACCACCUGGAGCAGUUGGGCAAACAGGAUUACCUGGUCCACCGGGCUUACCCGGACCAUUGGGUCAAGCAGGACCUCCAGGACCAACUGGAGAAAGAGGUCCAAAAGGAGAAACGGGACCACAAGGUGUGGACGGCCAACAAGGACCUAGAGGGAAACCAGGGCCUAUAGGAUUGGAAGGUCCGAAAGGCGAACGUGGUGAUGAAGGUCAGAAAGGGCCUAAAGGUCAUCGAGGAUUUACUGGUUUGCAAGGUUUACCUGGACCUGUUGGUCUACCAGGAGAGAAAGGAAUGAUAGGAUUUCCUGGACCACCUGGAAAAGAUGGAGAUCCUGGACCUAGAGGUAGUCCUGGAAGAGACGGUAGUCCUGGUCCAAUAGGUUUAACUGGCAAUCCAGGACCUAAAGGCCCUUCUGGAGAAGAAGGUCGUCACGGACCAGCUGGUCCACCUGGUCCUCCAGGUCCUCCAGGUCCACCUGGUGAACUUGGAUUAGGAUAUGAUGCUGCUUCUUUAGCUGCUCUGUUAGGACAAGGACAAACUAAAGGACCAGAUCCAUUAAUCGGUGAUGAACCACCUAGAAUGUUUAGUCAAGACAUGACUGAAAAAGAAAGACAAGAGAUUAUCUUAAAAGCAUAUAAGCACUUGAAGUCAACGUUCCAAAAAUUCAUAAAGCCAGAUGGUGAAAAGAAUUCACCAGCUAAAACGUGCAGAGAUCUUUAUACUGCUUAUCCAAAUAAACCUUCUGGAGAAUAUUGGAUUGAUCCAAAUGAAGGAGAUGCAAGAGAUGCAAUUCUAGUAUACUGUGAUGCUAAAAAACGGGCAACAUGUUUGUUACCAAGUCCAGUAUAUUCACCAGAAAUCAGACACAUUACUGAGCAAAAAGAAAUUUGGUUAAGCGAAAUGAAGAAUGGAAUGAAGAUUACAUAUAAAGCAGAUAGUAAUCAAAUUGGUUUCUUACAAUUACUAUCAAAACAUGCAUAUCAAAAUAUAACAUAUCACUGUAAAAAUAGUGUUGCAUAUAUUAAUUCAGAACAAGAAACAUAUAGACAAAAUAUGAAACUUUUAACAUGGAAUGAUGCUGAAUUAAUAUCAUAUGGGAAUCAACGUCUCAGAUAUAAAAUUCUUAUAGAUGAAUGCAAGUUACAUAAGGUUGAAUCAGGCAAAACAGUACUUUUAUAUGAAACUGAUAAAACUGUAAGGUUGCCAAUAAUAGACAUAGGUUUACAAGACAUUGAAAAGUCUCAUCAAAGUUUUUACAUAGAAAUUGGCACUGCCUGUUAUGAAUAAUAAAAUAUAAUUCUAUAUCUUUCAA